UGUUGACCUUUUACUUUACCAAUUACUUCCUUACGGAGUCGCCUUCCGGCUGCCGCCAUUCUGUACACUGGCGACAGGGACUGUUGCGGGUUGGCUAAUGGAGAAGAGGCUCGGGGAUUGUGGUUGGCUGGCGGAAAAAGGCCCUUGAGCAGUGAUUGGUCGACGUCAAAGGGACGGAGCGCGCGCGGAGUAGGUUUUGAAAGUAGACCAGAAGACUGCUGAUCUUCAGGCUUAUGGCGCUGCGACCGAAUCUCGAGAGCUGCUUCGGGCGCUGGUGCCCGCCCGGCCUCAGUCUAGUAUGGGUGGACACAGUCUGGGAACUGGAUUUCAUGGAGACUGAACCUUUGGAUCCCAACAUUGAAGUGCAGAUCACAGAGGAUGGACUAUAUGCAUUCACUGAACUCUAUGAGAAUCUUUUUCCUUUUGCUGCUCAAGAACGUGGAACCACAGAGAGUAUUUGGACCAUCUUUAAGGAGAACAAUAUUUCUCACAAUGCACUUGUGGCCCUUUUCUAUCACUUUGUUGAGAUAGUCCAUAAGAAAAAUGCCACCGUGCAAAAUCGAGAAUAUGGUCUGCAUGCUGCUGGGCUUUAUUUUUUAUUGCUUGAAAUCCCAGGUAGCAUAGCUAAUCAAGUGUUCCAUCCAGUGAUGUUUGACAAAUGUCUUCAGAUUCUAAAAAAGAGCUGGCCUCAAGAAUCUAACUUGAGUAGGAAAAGAAAAAAAGAACAUCCCAAGAGUUCUCAAGCUGAUUCAAGAGGAAAUAGAAAGAGAGGAAAACCACCCAGAAAAGAGGACGGUGAGAUGGAUGAAAUCUUAGAAGAAGAGGAUGAUGAGGAUGAUAUAAGUUUUUCUGUACGUGACAUUUGUCAAAUUCGGGAUGCCAUCUUCCUUCUUAUGAAGAAUUUUUUAAGACUUUUGCCCAAGUUCCCCCUGAAAGAAAAGCCACAGUGUGUGCAAAAUUGUAUACAGAUCUUAGUUGGAUUAACCAGUUUUGAACCAGUUCUUCAUGGAUUUCAGACUUUAGAAGCCAGAAACAUUGACAAAGCAAAAUACAUACCAGAAUUGGCCUAUCAUGGACUGCAUUUGCUGUGUUCCUCCAUUCACGGGGAAGGGGAUAAGGUCAUCACUUGCCUCUUCCAUCGAUUGCUAAAUGUGAUACUCAUGUUCGAAGCAGGAGAAGGAUCUCACCGUGCACCCCUUAAUAUCACCUCACAAACUGUCACUAGUAGAAAUCAUGCAAUCCAGUUUAUCAGUUCACUAGUGGAUGAACUAAAAGAAGUUGUAUUUCCAGUUCUUCGUAUCCUUCUGCAGCAUAUCUGUUCCAAGGUUUUGGAUAAAUCAGAAUAUCGGACCUAUGCAGCUCACGCAUUGGCACGGUUGCUCAGUAAACUCCCUUGUUUAGAGUAUGCUGCAUUCAUUCGCUGGCUUUACAGAUAUUCUCGCAGUGCAAAGAUCUCACACAGGGUGUUUACUCUCGAUGUAGUCCUAGCUCUCUUGGAAUAUCCUGAAAGAGAGCUGGACAGUUCCCUCUCCCUAGAGGAGCAGAAGUUUUUAAAGCACAAAUUUUUAGUACAAGAACUGAUGUUUGGACGUUGCUCAGACAAGGCACCUACUGUCCGUAGCAAGGCACUCUCAAGUUUUGUUCACUGUCUGGAGAUGUCAACUACUGUUAUCUCAGAUAACAUACUUGAGAUUUUACAAGCCUCCAGUCAUGCUGCCUCACAGGUGGAUAGUUGUCCUACUACUUUACCAGGAAGCACAGAAGGUCCUUCUAACUGUCCAAGAAAGACACUUAGUACUUUUAAAACUAUAAAUGUAACAGAUACUGACAGUGGUGGUGAAAGAAUUGGAAUUGAUGGAAACGAUAUCCUGACCAUGCUGAGACAGAGAAUUGGUGAUGAGAAGACUAAUGUUAGAAAAUCUGCACUCCAGGUGUUGGUUAGUAUUAUGAAACACAGUCAGAUCCCAUGUACCCAAGAAGACUUAUCAACCCUGCAGGAUCGGUGUCGGGACCCUGCAGUUUCUGUUCGGAAGCAAGCACUGCAAUCUCUUACUGACCUCCUUAUGGCUCAGCGCAGAAGUGUCUUGAUACAGAAAGCCUGGCUGACUGGAAUCAUCCCAGUUGUGAUGGACACUGAAAGCACUGUGCAAGAGAAGGCUCUGGAGUGUCUUGACCAGCUUGUGUUACAACACAUUAAGCACUAUACUAAAUUCCAAAGUGAAGAUGGUAACCAGAUGUUAGCAUGGGAUCUCCUUACUCUUCUCACUUCAGAAAGCCAGGAACUGAGCCGUUAUUUAAAUAAGGCUUUUCACAUGUGGUCUAAGAGAGAGAAAUUCUCAUCUACUUUUAUAAAUAAUGUGAUAUCCCAUUGUGAAACGGAACACUCAGCACCAGCCUGGAUGUUGCUUUCAAAGGUUGCUUGCUCAUCACCUAAACUGGAUUACACCAAAAUAAUUGAAUCCUGGGAGAGAAUCAGUGGGCAACAGAAUACCAGUUCUGUCACUACAGGACAUAUUCUGUGUGUGAUUGGGCAUAUUUCAAAGCACCUGCCUAGGAGUACCCAGGAAGAGCUGACUGAUGUAAUCAAAUGUAAGCUGAGAGAGUUUCAGUGGCCUCCAGAGGUGAUUAGUUCAGCUGUUGAUGUUCUGCAAAAACUCUGUCAUGCAUUUGUAGAGACAACUGAGGAGGAACAGGAAUUACAGAACCAGGUGUGUGUUGAUAUCCUCUCUGCAUGUGAGAACUACAUUUCUAAAGUUGUUCUUAAAGAAGGUGGAACAGUAAAUAUGGAAGAAGACUUGUUGGUGAGACAUAUCUUUACCUUAGGAGAGGUGGCUCAGCUGUGUCCAUCCAAAGUGGGGAAACGAGUCUUUCUUCUGAUUCAAUCUAUUCUGGCUUCUGUUGAUGAGGAACAAUUGCCUUCAUCUCAAGAUAAUGGUAAUCUUCCACCUUCUCAACCACUGUCCCAGUUCAGAGGCUCUGUCAUGCCUCCACUGAUAAGAGCCCACGCUGUCAUUACCUUAGGCAAAUUAUGUUUACAGCAUGAAGAUCUUGCAAAGAAGUGUAUUGCGGCCCUCGUGCGUGAACUGGAGGUGUGUGAGGAAGUGGCCGUCCGUAACAAUGUGAUUAUUGUUCUGUGUGACCUGUGUAUUCGCUACACAGUUAUGGUGGACAGAUACAUUCCAAAUAUUUCUGUGUGUCUGAAGGACUCAGAUCCUUUCAUCCGAAAGCAGACUCUUAUUUUGCUGACCAACCUCUUACAGGAAGAAUUUGUGAAAUGGAAGGGAUCACUAUUCUUUAGGUUUGUAAGUUCUCUGGUGGAUCAACAUCCAGAAAUUUCCAGUUUUGGAGAAUUCUGCCUGGUUCACCUGUUAUUGAAGAGGAACCCUGGAAUGUUCUUCCAGCAUUUCAUUGAGUGCAUUUUCCACUUCAAUAGUUAUGAGAAGCAUGAGAAAUACAACAAAUUCCCCCAGUCAGAGAGAGAAAAGCAGCUCUUUUCAUUGAAGGGAAAGAAUAACAAAGAAAAACGCAUGUGGAUCUACAAGUUUCUACUAGAGCACUUCACAGAUGAGCAGAGAUUCAACAUCACUUCAAAAAUCAACCUGAAUAUUUUGGCUUGCUUUGUGGAUGGCGUUCUGCCCCUGGAUAUGGAAGCCAAUGAACUCCUUUCAGAUACAUUUGAAGUUCUGAGUUCAAAGGAAAUCAAACUGUUGGCAAUGAGAUCCAAAUCAGAUAAAGACCUCCAGAUAGAAGAUGAUGAACUGGCCAUGGCUAAUGUAGUCAUGCAGGAAGCACAAAAAAAAUUAAUUUCACAAGUUCAGAAGAGGAAUUUCAUAGAAAAUGUUAUUCCAAUUAUCACAUCCCUGAAGUCAAUGCUGGAACAGAAUAAAAUCCCAGCCUUGAGGGACCUCAUGAACUAUCUCAGGGAAGUGAUGCAAGAUUAUCGAGAUGAAAUCAAAGAUUUUUUUGCAGCUGACAAACAGCUGGCUUCAGAACUUGAAUAUGACAUGAAGAAAUAUGAAGAACAGCUGGCAAAGGAACGAGAACUGGAAGAACAAAGAAACGCAGAAAGAAUGGCUGAGAUCUCAGGAACCCUAGCACUAGCAGAGUCCCCUCUGAGUUUAGGAACAUCACCACCUCCUGUUGGUCAUGAUAAUCCUGGUGGGAGUCAGGCCACAUCUUCUGGAUUACCAGGUGGCCCUGUGCCUACCUCAUCUCCUACAUCUGAAACUGGGUCACUGAAGUUGUUAACAUUCAAAACCAGGCGUAUGUCCUUGAGUACCCUUGCAAUUCUAAAUUCUGUCAAAAAAGCUGUGGAGUCCAAAAAGGAUCAAAGGAGUCAGAGCUUUGGAGGACUUUCUUUCCCCUCCCAGUCAGGAAAUACAGGCAGCAGCAAGCAAGGCACACCAUCCAGUUGGGACAAAAAGUCUUUUUGUAGCCUGAAUCAGCACUCUGUCAAAGCCACUAUCUGUGCAACUGACCGGGCCAUCAGCACCCCUGAUCAGACCAUUAAUGAUGUUACCUUUGGAGCAGGGGUUAGUUACAUAACACCAUCUUCAGCCAAAGAGAAAUCUGGAUUCCAAGAUCAAGGAGAUGAUAUUUUGUGUUUGUCAUUACCUGAUAAAGCCCCACAGCCUCGGCAAUGGAAUGUCAAGUCUCCAGCCAGGAGUAAAGACAAUCUCGAUGCCAGCAGGAGGAAGUCUCUGCGAAAGACCCCCUUGAAAACAGCCAACUGAAAUAGCCCAUCCCAGGGUGUAACCCUGGAAGACGAGAACACUUAAUUUUUUUUAAUGAUGUGCAGAAGCAAAUCAUGUGGCAAACAAAAUCUAUUCCCUCCCACACAGAGGGUAUCUGAUUAUGGUCUUAAGUGUAAAUUCAACAGAUCUUCCUUCAGAUCCCCUCUAUUCUUCUACAUACAAAGUUUGGUUUACCACAUGUAGGUCUGUUCACUCAAAUUUUUAGCAAAAAAGGCAUCAUAUAUACAAUAUGUUAAAUCGCAAAAUAUAAAAAUAUGGCAGAUUUAUUGCUUUUGCCAGAAUUAAGUAAGUUAAAGUUUAAUAUUAUGCCUUUAUUCCAUUUGAGAAGUGUUAAGGACACCUUGGUAAGCUGUAUUUCAUUUGGGGAAUACCACAACUGAGUGCAGAGUUCAUAGUUUCUCCCAAUAUAAAUCAAGCCUUUAUUAGUGGAUGCUGCUUUCCCUGGUAGUAUGCACUUACCCAAUAUUUAUAUGAAAUUAAAUGUAUUUUUUUCUAUCAUAACUACACCUUUAAAGCAAUGUACAGGUUUUUUUAAAAUAUAAAAUAAAGUAUAAAUAUAGCCUUUCA